CUAUAGAAUUCGGACAUAAUCACAAUUUGCUUAUAAUUUGAUUACAGCGUUAGGCAUAUAAAUUAGAUGAAAGCGGGACCCAUUUUUAUGAGGGUGAAGAACAACUCCUUUUUUUUUUGUUUUCUCUCUCUCUCGAAGAAUUCAUGAAUCAUAAAAUCACGCUUCAUCGUCCUCGUCAUCACCAACUUCUCCUUCUUCUUCAUCAAUGUUAAAACUUCCAUGAACAAAUCCUUCCCUUUUCCCCUUCUUCCUCUUUAUCUAAAUCCCUGAAACCACUCUAAUUCGUCCAUCUUUCUCUCUUCCCCAUUUAACCAACGCUUGAUUCGAAUUCGUCUCCGAAUCGUCUCUCUCGUUUCUGUUCACUAUUCGUCGCAAUCACCAAUUGAGAAACCCUAGACCCAUACUUGUACCUACCGGCGCCGACUCUUCUCUUCUUCCGUGGCCCAUCUUUCAAAGUUUUAAUUUUUAAACCCUUUUUCCCCUCCUAACUUCUUUUUUUUUUCUGUUUUUUUUCCCGGGAAAUUUUCUCUCUCUUUUUUUUUUCAUGAUCAUUUACUUGUCAAAAUGUCAAGUAUGAUCCUUUAUUAGGUUUCUUUGGGGCCGAUCUCGCUUUUUCUGUUUCUCUCCUUAUUCUCUUCGCAGACCCUUGUAAACCCUAGAAUCUCCUCUUUCAAUUCGAUGGUGUUCUGUAUCUUCAUCUUCAGGUUUACUCAUUCAAUCUAUCUCUAGGGUUUACUGGGUCAAGUCAAAGGUCCAUACUUCUUCAUCUUCUCGUCAAAAAAAGUUUCAGUCUUUGGUUCUAAUUCAUGGCGUAUCAUUCGAUUCCGAGCUCUGGGUUUCAUUACUUGAACUCUCCUUUUGGUGAUACAACCUUUACUAAAGUCUUUGUGGGUGGCCUUGCCUGGGAGACUCAAAGCGAGACUCUUCGUCGGCAUUUCGAACAAUAUGGUGAUAUCCUUGAGGCGGUUGUGAUUACUGAUAAGAACACCGGUCGAUCCAAAGGUUACGGCUUUGUGACUUUCCGAGAUCCAGAGGCUGCUAGGAGAGCAUGUGUCGACCCAGCACCUAUUAUAGAUGGCAGACGAGCGAAUUGUAAUCUCGCUUCUCUUGGGAGGCCUCGGCUUCCAAUGCAAUAUGCAGUGAUACCCCAUGUUCCUGGACGGAUAAGACCUGUUUCCCCAUAUCUUGGAAGUGUGCAGAGUCCUCGCGGUUCACUUUUUGGAAGCCAUCCGUAUCACCAGCCACCUGCUUAUAACUACCAACAAGGAGUGGUGUACCCUUAUGGGGUUACACCAUAUGGACCUGACUACAUGUACUCACAGUCUCAGGGCUUCUAUGGUCCUUACAUGGGUCAACAGUACCUUCAGGUUUAUGGAGUACCUGGGGCAGUUAACUCACCGGGUUAUCAAUAUGGGCAAUAUAGUCAGACUAUUCCUGGUGGUCACGGUUAUACAGCGGUUCAAGGUUAUUCACAUCCAGGAAGUCAUGUUCUACAGCUUGGUGCAACUUCACCUAUGGCUGCUAUUCAAUCUCCAUACCCUUCGGCUUCAACUCCAAUGCAGCAACGUAUCAUUGUCCAGACUCCUCCUCAGUAUAUGCAGAGUAGCGGUUCUGAUCAAACAACAGGUUAUUAAUCCUUGAAGACUGCAGAAAAGGGACAAAUGCUACUCGGGCAGGAUUCCUGUUUAAACUUUGCACAUUAUUUUUAUUUACAUUCUAGAGAGGUAUUAAGUAGUCUUGCUCACUGAAGAAGUCAAAAAAGGGGGAAAGGAGAAUGGAAGUUUCAGGUGUUUGUGCUUUUGUUGUCUUUAACCCUCUCAUCAUAUGUAUAUAGCCCACAACAAGCUUGAUGGCAUAAACUAUAUGAAUGGUUUCACCCCGGAAACAAGGGUUUUCGCGGUAAACCGGUAGGAAUAAGUUUGGUGUACAAAGAAAGUGAAUAUAUAAAUAGAUAAACUCAUAAACACAUACAGAUGCAUAUAGAAUGGUGGAAUCAAAAUCUGAUUCUUUUAUGUGGUUAAAGUAGUCUUCUUACUACACACUUUCUCAAGGCGUAGGAGUGUUGGUAAGAUUAUUAGGUAGACUUUUAUGUCCUCUCAAGUCGAGUCCUCUGCAUUGUAAGUAAAAAAUUAAUGACUAUGGAGUUCACUUUAGCUUCUUUGUCUGUGGAUAUAUUUUAGCUCCAGGAUUCUUAUCUUUUCUCUGUCUGUACAGUUUCUACUUUUUAGACUCAUAAAUUGUUCUUCUU